AUGUCGACUGGAGGUUAUGAAGUGGAGCAGUUUGUGGAUACCCCAGAUGACGAUUUGAUUUGUGUCAUCUGUAGAGCAGUUUUACGCUGUCCUGUACGACUUAAAUGCAACCAUGUCUUCUGCAAGGAAUGCAUUUUACAGUGGAUGAAAAGACAGGUGAAAUGCCCAUGUUGUAGGCAGCCUAUCGACCAGAACCAAAUGCUGGUUUUGUUUAAGCUGAGUAAAUCCAUUGGCCGUUUAUCAAUCAAGUGUCGAAAUGCACAUCAGGGCUGCAGGGCCACUUUCCUGCUUUCUAACGAGUACCUCCACAUCUCCAGCUGUCCGUAUGAGUGGCAGCUCUGUCCCCAUGAGGGCUGUGGGCAGCAGGUGCUAAGGAAGGACGCGCAGGCACACGAUCAGAGCUGCAGCCACUGGCGACAGCUGUGUCCCAUGGGCUGUGGGACGCUGCUCGUCCGAGAGAAUCAGGCCCAACAUAACUGCUACCGAGAACUGCAGCAGCGCUAUGUAGCCGAGCGGCGGAAGCAAAGGGCCAUCGCAGCCAACCUGCGCAGGAAGAUGCAGCGCAUGCAGAGCCGGAUGGCACAAAUAAGGAGGCAGAUAAACCUGAUGUGUGAGAGCCUGGAGGUUGGAGAUCUGGAAAUUGAAGCAGGGGAUGGAACCAGUGCUUGGACUGAUGCUAAUGCUGCCAGUCCGAGCGGCAGCAGACACCGUCAAAUCAACAGCAGCAGUUCAAGAGUCAGAUUCAUAUAGCGUAAAUACCCUUCAGGAUUCAAAGAGAGCAUUCGAUUUUUUUAUGUGUGCGCGUU